CACAAUUACUAAAUGAUUCUAUAGUUUCUAUAUAUGGCCAAGGAAAGGACUUUUAAUAAUCCAUGCAUUGCAAGACUCAUCUUCUUCACAUUAAUGCAACUGGGGGAUCUGGAUGAAGCUAAAUAUGCCUUUCGUGCAUAUAUGGAAAUUGUGGGACUCAGCGAUACUGACAAGAUGGAUACAAAUGGAAUCGAAGUGACGCCUAAUGGUGUUCUAGAAGUCAACGCAAAGGUGGAGGCUAUUCAAAAGAAACUCAAGCGGAUGGCAAGUUUAAAUGAUCCUUUGAUUCAAGAAUCCGAAGCUUUGGUGCUUAAAGUACUAUUGGCUGCUAUUAUUCUUUAUGGUCGGGAAUGUCAGCAAGGUGUAUUGGCUGCCAACUUGGCGGAUUUAGCAUUGGAAUUGGCAAGAGAAUCAGCAAGUGGGAAUCAACAACUGGAUAGCGAUCUUUUGGCCAAGUGUUAUCGUGCUCAUGGUGCUGCCUAUGGACUUCGUGCUUUACAAUGUGAUGAACCAGAAUUACGAUCCGAAUUACAUGGUGAUGCUCUUCAUUCGUUAACCAAAGCAGUGGAACUUCAAGCUACAUGGGAUUCAUAUUAUGAAUUAGCUGUACAACAAGCACAAAUGCGAGAUAUUGGAAGUGCAGUGACAUCCAUUACUCACUCUAUUCAAUUACGUUCUGAUCAUCUUCCAUCAUGGCAUCUAUUGGCACUCUUAUCUACUUCUCGACAAUUCCACCAAUUACCAAAGGCCUUACAAGCGGUUGAAGCCGGAUUGAAAGCAUGUGAUCUACCCACGUUUUCACCUCUCAGUAGUGGUAUUCCAAUGAUCUCGUGGAACGGUGAAGAUAAUAGUCGACAUCAUUUUGACAUUGCAGAAGCUUAUUUGACAACGAGAAUGACACAAAUUCAACUUUUGGAAACUUUGGAAGGACCUGAGACCGUACUCUCUUACUACAGCGAAUUGUUUACAUUGUAUGCAAAAUUGGCACAACAGCUUGGACUUGUCAAUGGUGAAUUAGAAGCAGCAGCAUCAUCAUCAACAUCGUCCUCAUCCGCCACUUCUUUUACUGAAGAAUCCAAAACAAGUUUGAUGGUAGAUAGUUUAGCUGUACCCGGUAGCAACAACAAUCGACGGUCUUCUGUCUCCUCUCGUACUCGAUCACAUUCUGUCAGUAGCAAGAACAAUCAUGAAUCCAUCGAUCGACAACGAAGCAAUGGUACAUUAGGAUCGACUUUACAACAACAAGGUGUUACCAAUGGCAAUAGGGUUCCUAAAGCUAGCAAUAGCGAAGAAACGAUCAGUAAUCGAAAGCCUUCCUCAGACAAGCAACCAAAGGAAAAGAAGAAAAGAGGACUUAUUGAUAUGCGACUUGGUAAACGGAUUCAUUCUGUUUCCUCAUCCACUGGUGCCUCUUUCUCCUCUCAAGAUAAACAAAGCCAAAGUAGUACAGUUUCGUCAAGACAACCUUCACGACAAUUGUUGGACAAUGUAUCAUUAGCAUCCAUGGUGGCACCCUCUUUCUCCUCGUUUACAUCCACUAAUAAUAACAGCCGCCGUGGUAGCGAUGCCACCACUCUUGUCAGCUAUAAUGGCGCCGUUCACAGCAAGGAAAAUGCAUUUGGACGAUACCAACGGGAACGAUGGAAUACACUAGUGGUGAAACUCUGGGUCAUGUGCACAGGAUCCUUCAUUAAAGCUGGACGAUUGGAUGAAGCAGUGCAAGCUAUUUUGGAAGCAGAAGAAAUUGGAUUGACGGAUGCGGAUGUUUGGCAUCAGCUUGGCUUAUUAUGUCUCGAAGCACACCGCUUGAAAGAAAAGAAGAAGCAAAACGAUGGUGACGACAGUGAUGAUGAUGAAGAAGAGCUCUACGACACAGCUUUGGAUGCAUUUAAAAAGGCAUUAGCCAUCAAUCCUGAUCAUAUUCAAACACAUGUCGAUAUGGCGUCAGCAUGGAUUCACCAAAAGGAAACACAAUGGGAAUUGGCCGAAGCAUUACUGGAUAGAACUACACGUUCGUUUGGCUGGGAUCAUGAAGAGGCUUGGUUCUUAUUGGGCUCUGUGUAUCGUCAUCAACAAAGUUUAGAAAGAGCCAAGGAUUGCUUACUUUAUGCUUUGGAACUCUCGGAAACAAAACCUUUACGUCCUUUUACUAUUUUACCCCGUUUUGUUUAGAUCUUUAUUAUUAUUUUAUCAUUAUUUAUUACCAAUAUACAUCCUUAUUAUAUCAAUUUACAUUCAAUAAACAUUCUUUUUUAUUUUUUCUAAUAAUA